AUGGUAGAAGGAUUUCCUGAGAAAACAGGUGUGGAAGAAACCCCACCCCGAGACAGUGUGGAAGAAAACCCACCCCUCGAGACAAGUGUGGAAGAAACCCCCACCCCGAGACUGGUGUCCACCCCGAGAGUGGUGGAAGGAACCCCCACCCCCGAGACAAGUGUGGAAGAAACCCCCCACCCCGAGACAGUGUGGAAGGAACCCCCACCCCGAGACAGGUGUGGAAGAAACCCCACUCCCCGAGACAGGUGUGGAAGAAACCCCACCCCCGAGACAGGUGUGGAAGAAACCCCCCACCCCGAGACAGGUGUGGAAGAAACCCCACCCGAGACAGUGUGGGAAGAAACCCCCACCCCGAGACAGGUGUGGAAGAAACCCCCACCCCCGAGACAGGUGUGGAAGAAACCCCCACCCCGAGACAAGUGUGGAAGAAACCCCCCCCCGAGUGUGGAAGAAACCCCACCCCGAGACAAGUGUGGAAGAAUCCCCCACCCCCGAGACAGGUGUCCCCGAGACCCCACCCCGAGACAGGUGUGGAAGAACCCCCACCCCGAGACAGGUGUGGAAGAAAACCCCCACCCCAGAGACAAGUGUGGAAAGAAUCCCCACCCUCGAGACAAGUGUGGAAGAAUCCACCCCCGAGACAAGUGGAAGAAUCCCCCACCCCCGAGACAAGUGUGGAAGAAACCCCCACCCCCGAGACAGGUGUGGAAGAAACCCCCAGAGACAAGUGUGGAAGAAACCCCCACACCCCGAGACAGGUGUGGAAGUGUGGAAGAAACCCCACCCCCGAGACAAGUGUGGAAGAAGCCCCACCCCGAGACAGGUGUGGAAGAAACCCCACCCCGAGACAAGUGGAAGAAUCCACACCCCCACAGUGUGGAAGAAACCCCCCACCCCGAGACAAGUGUGGAAAAAACCCCACCCCCGAGACAGGUGUGGAAGAAACCCCCACCCCGAUACAGGUGUGGAAGAAACCCACCCCGAGACAAGUGUGGAAGAAACCCCCACCCCCGAGACAGGUGUGGAAGAAACCCCCACUCCCCGAGACAAGUGUGA